AUUGUCAAACGAGGCUUCCUGUGCUGAGCUCUGCCGAACGCUCGUUCACUUUGUUCGAAUCCGUCGCCGCUUAGACUUCGUGAUUUCUCAUUCAGCUUAUUCGAGACCAUCGUGUAAUCAUCCAACAUGGGCAAGGAAAAGAUUCACAUCAACAUUGUCGUGAUCGGACACGUCGAUUCCGGUAAGUCGACCACCACCGGACACUUGAUCUACAAGUGCGGUGGUAUCGACAAGCGUACCAUCGAGAAGUUCGAGAAGGAGGCCCAGGAGAUGGGAAAGGGAUCCUUCAAGUACGCCUGGGUUUUGGAUAAGUUGAAGGCUGAGCGCGAGCGUGGUAUCACCAUCGAUAUCGCCCUGUGGAAGUUCGAGACUGCCAAGUACUACGUGACCAUCAUUGAUGCCCCCGGACACAGGGAUUUCAUCAAGAACAUGAUCACUGGUACCUCGCAGGCCGAUUGCGCCGUGCUGAUUGUCGCCGCCGGAACCGGAGAAUUCGAGGCCGGUAUCUCGAAGAACGGCCAGACUCGCGAGCACGCCCUGCUCGCCUUCACCCUGGGUGUGAAGCAGCUGAUCGUUGGUGUGAACAAGAUGGACUCGUCCGAGCCCCCAUACAGCGAGGCCCGUUAUGAGGAAAUCAAGAAGGAAGUGUCCUCUUACAUCAAGAAGAUCGGCUACAACCCAGCCGCCGUUGCCUUCGUGCCCAUUUCCGGAUGGCACGGCGACAACAUGUUGGAACCCUCUACCAACAUGCCCUGGUUCAAGGGAUGGAAGGUGGAGCGCAAGGAGGGUAACGCUGACGGCAAGACCCUGAUCGAUGCCCUCGAUGCCAUCCUUCCCCCAGCCCGUCCCACCGACAAGGCCCUGCGUCUGCCCCUGCAGGAUGUGUACAAAAUUGGCGGUAUUGGAACAGUACCCGUGGGCCGUGUGGAGACUGGUGUGCUGAAGCCCGGUACCGUUGUGGUCUUCGCCCCUGCUAACAUCACCACUGAGGUCAAGUCCGUGGAGAUGCACCACGAGGCCCUGCAGGAGGCCGUUCCCGGAGACAACGUUGGCUUCAACGUCAAGAACGUGUCCGUGAAGGAGCUGCGUCGUGGCUACGUUGCCGGUGACUCCAAGGCUAACCCCCCCAAGGGAGCCGCCGACUUCACCGCCCAGGUCAUCGUGCUGAACCACCCCGGUCAGAUCGCCAACGGCUACACCCCCGUGUUGGAUUGCCACACCGCUCACAUUGCUUGCAAGUUCGCUGAGAUCAAGGAGAAGGUCGACCGUCGUUCCGGCAAGACCACCGAGGAGAACCCCAAGUUCAUCAAGUCUGGCGAUGCUGCCAUCGUCAACCUGGUGCCCUCCAAGCCCCUGUGCGUGGAGGCCUUCCAGGAGUUCCCCCCUCUGGGUCGCUUCGCUGUGCGUGACAUGAGGCAGACCGUGGCUGUCGGUGUCAUCAAGGCUGUCAACUUCAAGGAUGCCUCCGGUGGCAAGGUCACCAAGGCCGCCGAGAAGGCCACCAAGGGCAAGAAGUAGCUGGUUUGCUUCCACUCAACAACAACAACAACACACGAUAGUAGCAGCAACAACAAGCAUAUAACCAACAUCAUAAUGCAGCCAACAACACCACUCAAUAAUACCAGCAACAGCAGCAGCGAACACAAUAGUAGUAUAACACCAACACCUGUCCUGCGCAUGAUGACCGAUAAGAUGAUGUUCCAGCAGAAGCAUAAGUUUAAUUUCUUCCAUCGAAAGGAGUUUCGACGGAUACGAAUGCUAAAUGCAGACGAGGCCGCCUAAAUUGGGAAACGGUGGAUCCCAAGGAUAAGAGUGCACACUGGGAAAAACACUUGCAUUUAUGCAUCCACUCCUCAUCCACUUCCCCGUCGAUCUUUAGUUUACUACAUAUGAUAUGAUACACGAAGUUGACUUCGUCAUUAUAUCAUAUAUAGGAAUCCUCUGUAGCAUUUAUGAUAUCGUUUAAAUUAACCUUUAUACUUUGAUAUGUAUCAUUUAUCUUACCCUACUUUUGCACACACUACUUUGUACACAAGAAAAGAACCAGAAUAGAAGCGAUAACUAUAUUUACAAAAAAAA